AUGAUGAGAAUAGCAAUCGCCGGCGGAGGCGGCUUUGCCUACAUUCUAGCCGGCGAGAUAGCCCAGACCGCCAAUGCCUUGCUUGUUCUUUCCAACAGGCAACACCCGGAAUUCGAGGCCCUAGGGGCUCAGGUGGCAGUGGUUGACUUCACCAACGUCGAGGAGCUCCGCUACCAGCUGCGAGGCGUCGACCUCGUCAUAUCAACCAUCUCAGAGCAGUCACAGCUGCACCUCAUCGACGCGGCGCACCGCGCGCGUGUCCGCACCUUUGUGCCCUCCGAGUUCGAGGGCGCCCUCGCACGGCGCCCGACAGCGUCCAACGACCCUCUCGACCGCGGCUCCGCGCAGGCGCUGAGCAUGCUCAGGGAGCUGUCGCAGCCGCAGCCGCCCGGCGCUGGGCCCGCCAUGAGCUUCACCGUCUUCUCGUGCGGCGUGCUGUACGAGAGGCUGUCCCCGGGCGGGCUCGGCAUCUUCAACAUCGGGCUGGGCCAGAACAUCGCCGCCCAGGGCGACUUCCUCAUAGACAUCGGCGCCGCAACGGCCGAGAUCGUCGAGCGCAACGCCCAGGGCGCCGCGGUGCAGGUGUCCAUGACCUCCGUCUACGACGUGGCGCGCUUCGUGGCUGCCGCCGUCGAGAUCGGGCCGGAGCACUGGCCACGGGAGCUGCGGAUGCGAGGGGACCAGCUGAGCGUGCGGGACAUCGUCGGCGCGGCUAUGAGCGCGCGUGGAGUUCCCUUCGACCUGAUCAUCCGCGAGUAUAGCGAGAUCCAAGCGCACCUCAAUUACUCCAUGAACACGAACGACUGGCGCCGCUGGUUCUACUUCCAGCAGCUGCUGGCAACAGCAGACGGACGAUACAACCUCGGACGACCGAACCUGAAUGAAAUCAUCAAUGAGAACCCCGGCGUGAAUGUCGUGCCCGAGAGAUUCGCAGACUGGCUGAGGCGGACGUGGGGGCAACCUCAGCCUCAGGUUCAGCCCGAGUUUCAAACAACCCUAAUGGAAAUAGACUGA